CAGUUAAAACUUCGAAAGUGUUUUACGAAGUCUGUGGUUAGGUUUGUUUGGAAUAUUAUUCAAUAUUAUUCCAAGACUAUUCAUUAUUCAAUAGCCCACCUAGUUUAUUUUGGGAGUUUUUCUUUUCACUUCAUUAUUAAAAAUUAAAUUGCUUCUAAGAAAGUUUCCUACAUGCUUCUUGCGUGAAAAAUAUCAUGCCAUUACCACCUGCUCUGGCUGCACGUCUUGCCAAACGAGGCAUAUUACAAACAAACUCCACAAAUGAUGCUACCAAUGACACUCCUUUAGUUCAAGCAAACGAGGAGAUAAUAGCAGAAGAUUAUGAUAAUAAUCCCGAAGAAAUAAGCCCUAAGGAACACUUUUGGGAAGGUAUAGAAGGGGUCAAUGUUGACCCGAUAAAAGGACAUAAGGGCUGUCCAAAUAAAAGCAAUAUUUAUCAUGAGUGCUCGAAAGUUUGUGUUAAAACAUGGAAACAAGGAAAGCUUACGCCUAGUGAGAAGUAUUUGGAAAACAAGCGAAAAGUCUUGGAACUGUGGCCGUUGCCGGCGGGAUGGGAGGAGGUGUAUGACGAAGGAACUGGUUAUUUUUACUUUUGGAACGUCAAUAACAAUCUAGUUUCGUGGUUGCCACCGUCACAUCCUCGCGCUGCUCCUGGCGAGAGUGCUGCGCAUCUUCGUGAGGAGAGACUCUUAAGAGAGGGAGACGAAAGUGAUGAGAGCAGUGAAGCAUCUGACCAAGAAGUGCCCCAGCAGAAUCAUAAAGAGAAACGCCAUGAGCGCCGGGAGAAAGAACGUGAAAUGGUACAUCACAGAGAUAAAAAGAAACAUAGAGUCAAAGAUAAUGAUCUGGACCCAAUGGAUCCAGCUUCAUACUCUGAUAUUCCUAGAGGUAAUUGGAGCUCUGGCCUUGAUGCCCAUGCCAAAACAGGGGUUGACACCACUGCAUCAGGAUCAUUGUAUCAGAUGAGGCCAUACCCUGCGCCGGGAGCCAUACUUGCUGCCAAUGCCAAGCAGACUUCUCCACCACUCUCUCCUUAGUGUUGCUUUUGACAGUUUGAUGGUAAUGUACUCUUAUGUAAUAAAUGAUUACGAUGAAUUAAUCCAGAUGAUUUUA